AUGCAGAAGAAGUUACCUGUCGAUGUCACCAAGAAGUCCCAUUCGCUCAACACAAAGGUCCAGAAUUUCAACAUCCAGAAGUCCAAUUCGCUCAACACAAAGGUCCAGAAUUUCAACAUCCAGAAGUCCAAUUCGCUCAACACAAAGGUCCAGAAUUUCAACAUCCAGAAGUCCAAUUCGCUCAACACAAAGGCCCAGAAUUUCAACAUCCAGAAGUCCAAUUCGCUCAACACAAAGGCACAGAAUUUCAACAUCCAGAAGUCCAAUUCGCUCAACACAAAGGCCCAGAAUUUCAACACCCAGAAGUCCAAUUCGCUCAACACAAAGGCCAAGAAUUUCAACAUCCAGAAGUCCAAUUCGCUCAACACAAAGGCCCAGAAUUUCAACAUCCAGAAGUCCAAUUCGCUCAACACAAAGGCCCAGAAUUUCAACAUCCAGAAGUCCAAUACGCUCAACACAAAGGCCAAGAAUUUCAACAUCCAGAAGUCCAAUUCGCUCAACACAAAGGUCACGAAUCUCAAGGUCCAGAAAUUCUUGCUUCAAAAGAUUGGAGGUACAGAUGGUACUGACCACAUGAAGAAAGCAAUGUUAAGAACUAUGACAAACUCGUACAUGGCUGGUCUAAACAUGAAGGGAAAACGGGGAAAGAAAGCUUUUGGUUCCUCCCAACUCUACCUCCUAAUAAAAGAAACUGUAUUGACAUCUCAUACACAGUAUACAGAAUCAAAAUUCAAUGAAGAUUUGGCUAGAUUCCUAAAAUAUGCCCCGGAGCGUGUGGGAGGAGGUGGAAGAAGGAGAAGAGAUUGACUGUUUUUCACGUUCACUUGACCAGAACUAAUGAUUUUACUCUUUUUCAUCUUUUUAAACUAAUGUUUUUGUGAAAAGCUGGCUACAGAUGUGAGCUAGGUUAUCCAUCAGUGAUUUUAAGUGAUACUUUCACUUUAUUUAACUGUUUCUCUCUUGAAUAAAUUGAUUAAUGAUAUUUGUUCUGGUGUCAUGUUGUUCAUAAAAUAAUUUGAGGCAAAAUGAUUCACUGCAAUUAGCGAAAAAAAAUCAGUGUUCAAGGUCAAACAGUUGUAGCAUUUCAACCAAAUAUCAACUAAAUUUAAACGUUGUAACAACGUCAGAUAUCAACGUUGAAUCAACGUCAAAAUUUCAACGUCCAUUCAACUUUCAUAUUCAACCAAAAUUCAACGUCAUUUCAACGUUGAGGCAUGACGUUGUUUCAACGUUGAAUCAACGUUGAAAUGCCUGCUGGGAAUGUUCUUGUAUUAAGUAUUUUUUGAGAAGUACAUUUAUAUCAUUGUAAUCUGUAGACAAAAAAACAUACUUAAAAAAUACAAAGAUAAUGGGAGGUCAGUAUCCAUUCUUCUGAGUUAAGGCCAAUUAAAUUUGAACCUUUUGCACCUAAAAUGUGAUUUUCGACCGAUUAUGGUUUUCAGUAUUUUUGAUAGUUGUACGAAGCUGCAUAAAUUUUGUGUGUGACCUUUUUGCACUUAAAAUAGCAACUUUUAUAGUUACAAUUUCAUUUGAAAUGAAAAUAUUUUCAAUACCAAGAAUCUUAAAAUAUUAAUCUAGUUUGACUUGAUAUGUAUUCAGCACAUUUUGACAUACAUAUGAGAGGAGAAAAACAUCUACAAAACUAGCACUAAACUAAAA